GCCACAUGGCGCGGGAGGAGCCGCCCGGCCGGCCGGCGGCGGGCGCAGGCGCCGCAGCGUUCGGUCGCGCCAUGGCCCGUGGGCGGACUGCGCUCGGCGCCAUCGCAUGGCUCUGCCUGCUGGCCGCGGCGGCCGAGGGGCUGAGGAGGAGGGGACCCAGCGUGACGGCCAAGGUGUUCUUUGACGUGAAGAUUGGAGACAGAGACGUUGGCAGAAUCACGAUUGGGUUGUUUGGAAAGGUUGUCCCGAAAACGGUGGAGAACUUCAUCGUGCUGGCAACUGGAGAAAGAGGAUACGGAUACAAAGGAAGUAAAUUCCAUCGUGUGAUCAAAGACUUCAUGAUCCAAGGAGGGGACUUUACAGCUGGAGAUGGAUCAGGAGGAAGAAGCAUUUAUGGAGAAAGGUUUCCAGACGAGAACUUCAAGCUCAAACACUAUGGAAUUGGAUGGGUUAGCAUGGCUAAUUCUGGCCCAGACAGCAACGGAUCCCAGUUCUUUAUCAGCGUGACAAAGCCUUCCUGGUUAGAUGGGAAACACGUAGUGUUUGGCAAAGUCCUUGAUGGAAUGUCUGUGGUGCACUUGAUAGAGCUUCAGCAGACGGAUGAACACGACCGCCCUCUUCAUGACUGCGUGAUUGUGAACAGCGGCAAAAUAGCUGUAAGGGAACCAUUCGUAGUGGAAGUAGAUGACUGGUGAGGCCAGUACUCAGCAUGGAAAGUACAGUGUAAUCCUCCGAGGUCUACGUUUUUUGACUGAUCUCAACUAUCCAUUGAGUUUUCUCCUUAAUACACAUCAAGCUAUAUGCAGGUGACACUCCUAAGUUGCCAACAACAUGAAGAUAGGGCUGUGUGUGACAGCUGAAUGGGGCUGUCAGGCCUUAGAACUCAAGACAUAGCCUGCUCAUUCCUAGAUCUUGAAGAAAGUCUCUCAUGAAGAACUGUAGAAGUACUUCAGUUUUUUCAAGGCUUGAAAUACAGCCAUUUUGUUUUCCUUGGAAAUUUCUGCAAUAUUUGUCACCACCUUUUCAACUGAAAAUGCUAUUUUCUGUAAAAGUAUCUGCUUCUUUUAAAUACGUGUCUCUGGGGAAAAAAAAGACUAAAAAAAUACAGAAAUGUUUUGAAUAAAUAAACUUUGAUUUCAAAUAAA